GCUAGCGCCAUAUUUGUCACGCCUCCCUCCUCACCCGCUUUCGCUUUGAGUCACUCCGUGGCCAGCUUUAAAAAAAUGGAGCCUCGUUCCUGUGACACUUUUGUGGCAGUGCCUCCAGCGACAGUUGAUAAUAGGAUUAUUUUUGGGAAGAAUUCUGAUAGACUCUUCGAUGAAGUACAAGAAAUAGUGUAUUUUCCUGCCGCAGUUCAUGAUAACUCUAGAGAACAUCUUAAGUGUACUUACAUAGAAAUUGAUCAAGUUCCUGAAACAUAUGCUAUUGUCCUUAGUCGCCCAGCUUGGUUGUGGGGGGCAGAAAUGGGAGCCAAUGAACAUGGAGUUUGCAUUGGAAAUGAAGCUGUGUGGGGAAGAGAGGAAGUUUGUGAUGAAGAGGCACUACUGGGCAUGGACCUUGUCAGACUCGGACUUGAAAGAGCUGAUACAGCAGAAAAAGCCCUGAAUGUCAUUGUUGACUUAUUAGAAAAAUAUGGCCAGGGUGGAAAUUGUGCAGAAGGUACAUUGCUAUUUAGCUAUCACAACAGUUUCCUGAUAGCUGAUAGGCAUGAAGCCUGGAUUCUGGAGACUGCAGGAAAGUACUGGGCGGCAGAAAAAAUACAAGAGGGAGUUCGUAAUAUUUCUAAUCAGCUUUCCAUAACAACCAAAAUUGAUCGGGAACAUCCAGACAUGAGAAACUAUGCUAAACAGAAAGGUUGGUGGGAUGGCAAAAAGGAGUUUGAUUUUGCAGCCACUUACUCUUAUGUUGACACAGCCAAAAUGAUGGUUUCACCAGGCAGAUUCUGUGAAGGCUAUAAGCUUCUAAACAAACACAAAGGAAAUAUAACUUUUGAAACAAUGAUGGAAAUUCUCCGUGAUAAACCAAGUGGGAUUAAUAUGGAGGGAGAAUUCCUCACCACUGCAAGCAUGGUUUCUAUAUUACCUCAAGAUUCCAACCUCCCUUGCAUUCACUUCUUUACAGGGACUCCUGAUCCUGAAAGAUCUGUUUUUAAGCCUUUCAUAUUUGUGCCAAAUAUUUCACAACUAUUGGAUACCACUUCACCAAUACUUGAACUUGAUGAGCCAGUUAAAAAGAAGCCACAUUUUAAGAAUAAGCCUGACAGAAGACACCCACUCUACCAAAUACAUCAACAGGCAUUGGAAGUAAUAGAUGGUAAUGAGGAAAAAGGCAAAAUAAUUCUGGACAACAUGAAGAAAUUGGAGAAAGAACUAUUCAAAGAGAUGGAAUCAGUCCUUCAAAACAAGCAUGUUGAUGUGGAUAAGAUUGUUAAUCUCUUUCCUCAGUCUGCAAAAGAUGAAAUUAUAAUUUAUAAGUCUAAUGUUAAUGUUAGUUCUUAAUAGUCAUAUAAAUGGCCAGCAA